CUCUCAUCCAAUCAGGCAUCACCGGCUUCUUCCGUACUCCAAUUGAAAUUUCUCACGCAACGCUGCUCUCCCGUCACCAUUUCGCGAUACAUACGACUGACGACAACUAAGCUCAGUAGAGAGCUUUAGACAGCCGCCAUGUCUGCUCGAAUGUCGCCCGGAGGGACGCUACUGAGAUCAUCUCGGAUGUUCUCUGUGCCCAAGCCGCUCCCACAACCUGGAGGCCAAGCAGCUGCCAUCGCUCGAUACGCAUCCCCGACAGCGACCGCGCCUUAUCCCACGCACCAAUCCAUCACCACCACCGAAUCCUCGAGGGCCCUUGGUGAUUGGGGCCUCAAGCGCUCCCUGCCUCUUCGAUCCACGACCAAGUCAUCGACUCCCGUUAUCCGCAUCAAGGACAUUGACUGCUUCGAGAACGUCACCGACUACACCUCCGCCGCAGACCAUACCUUGUCUCUUCAGAAGUUCCACGAGCUCAACCUGCCCGUCUCACUACCUGGCACCAACCGGUCGCGUCUUGGUGGCAUCCACGGUGGAGCUAAAUCUGUAUUCGAAGACGAUGGCGACUUCACCACAGCCAAGCGUGACGGCGUAAACGAGGAGAAGAGGUGGAAGUUCCAGGGCCCCUGGUUGGCUGGCCUUACCGAAGGCGAGUUCAACGCAUACCUGCGCAAGGCUGUCCGCAACAAGCGCGCAUCAUUCCGCGGCUUCUUACGGAAGCGUAUCGCAUCCGAGGAAACGACCAAGCAGCAUCAGAAAGCCUUGGAGGCUGGAGAAACUGCGCCCAAAGCCGUUAGUGCUGGCGACGUCACCGAAGAGCAACUUACAGAGUAUAUUCGCAAGUUGCGUAACGACCGCAUCACCUUGUACUCGCUUGUUGGCGAAUUCUUGGACCUCGCUCCCCUGAACCCGCCCAGCUCUUUGGCCGACUUCAGCAGGUCGACGGAGAAGACCAAGCGCCCUAGCUUGUACGCUGAGCAUGGCCCGCCGGCAUCUCACCCCUCUGGUGGUAUCUCAUACCUCCGUACAUCCAACUUCGCCGAGAACCACCCAGUAUACGGACCUCAGGCGCAACACACCCCCGUCCUGGCACGAAUCGUUGCCCCGAGAUCAGGAGCCAACAGCGCCAAGCUGGGUGUCGGUGGUUUCAUCACGGAUGUUCCCCAGGGCGACACGGCUUUCAACCACAGGGCUUUCGUUGGACGCAACAACAAGAUUGCUGGCGUCGUCACUUUCGAUCCCGAUAUCAAGGGAGGUGCCAAGGCCUACGUUUCGCCUUCCUCAGCUCGCGUAGACUCAGACGGCUCUAUCCAAAUCACCGUCAAUGAGGCCAAUGAGGAGGCUCAGCUCAUUCUGAGGGAGUUGGUUGGAAAGGCCAAGAUCUACAACGACAAGACCGAGGUAGAGGCGCCCGCACCCGCCCGCAGAUUCAUCCGAAAUGUGCGAUUGGACAACAAAGAACCCGGGACCAGCGCGGUGGGUAGCUCCAAGAGCUAUGGUCUUGACUCUUGAGGAUGGUGAAGAUGGUGUUGGAAGCGCUUCCAGUCACAAGACUAGGCGCGAAUGAGCCUCAGACAGCGAAGCAUGGAAGUUUGUGGCAUUAAGAACCCAUCUGUGUAUGGCGUUGGCAUUUGAGCCGAGUGUUCUAUGUAUGGUAUUGUAAAAUAAGAAGAAUACAACGCAAAUUUCGAACGCUGUUUUGGCCGUCUAUGAUCGCCAAGGGACUGUCG